UAAACAAGCCUUCGGUCGCUGUAAAUAUUUUUAAACAUAAAUAUCACAUAAAUUCCUAAAUUGUGAGAAUUUUAAGGAUAUAAUAUCAACUGCUGCUUACAAAUGACAUAAGAUUUAAUUGGCUCCCGUACAGUUUAUAUUUACCUCUCAAUACUAGGGAAUACCAGUGACACCACCGGACACAUGUGAGAUACUUUCAAAACAAAUUCUUGGCCACAUACUAAACUAAAGAGGAAAUACUAUGACUUCUACUUCCUUUGAACCUGUGCUAACAAAAGCCGCCAUAGCUUUAAAAAACAAACAAAAGAAUGAAUUUAAAGCUUUGGUAUUCGAGGAACCCAAGCCCACAAAGCCAGAAGAUAUGUUGCCGUCGCUCACAGUCUCUAGCAAAAGGAAAUCUAAAUCCAAUGACAAGGAAACAACACCAGAUGAAAAUGAAUUUGAUAUUAAAAAAGCGCGUCAUGAAAUCUUAAAUUUUGCCAUGAAUAAUCAACGUGUCCAAAAAAAUCAAAAGAAAAUGAAAAUUUUCCAAAUGGUUCAAUUGGGUGCGAAACACAAAAAGAACUAUAAGAACUACAAGGAGCUGUUGGAUGAAAAACGUCGCCUCAAAGAAAUACGUGAGGAACGCAAAAAAUUCCAUCAGUUGGGUAAAAAUCAGACGGGUGCCGCUUCUGUAAAAUGCCGUAGCAAAACGAAAAUCGAAAAGCAAGCCAAGAAACGUGCACCUGUAUCGGCUAUAGACCAACACUAUGGUAAAGUUAAUCCCAAACUGAAGAAAAGAAAAUGAAUAAAAGUGAAAAACAAAAAAUUUUCGUUUUACUAAAAUA